UUCCCGGGCAGUAUAAAGUUUGCUGUCUCCUUUGUUCGCCCUCGUUGCGCAGCAGUUCCAGCGGGUUCUCUCUUCCGUCUUUGUAGCCGGCGGCCCUCCUUGGUGCUCAGCGGCUAGGAAGGCCCUGUUGGCGAGCUCGUAGGAGCUUGAAACCGUCGUCACCUUUCCGACUCUCACCAGGGAGGAAAAUGGUCGAAGCUGAUCGCCCAGGAAAGCUUUUCAUUGGUGGCCUCAAUACAGAAACAAAUGAGAAAGCCCUUGAAGCAGUAUUUGGCAAAUAUGGACGGAUAGUGGAAGUACUCUUGAUGAAAGAUCGUGAAACCAACAAAUCGAGAGGAUUUGCUUUUGUCACCUUUGAAAGCCCAGCAGAUGCUAAGGAUGCAGCCAGAGACAUGAAUGGAAAGUCCUUAGAUGGAAAAGCCAUCAAGGUAGAACAAGCCACUAAACCAUCAUUUGAAAGUGGUAGACGUGGACCACCUCCACCUCCAAGAAGCAGAGGCCCUCCAAGAGGUCUUAGAGGCGGUAGAGGAGGAAGUGGAGGAACCAGGGGACCUCCCUCACGUGGAGGGCACAUGGAUGAUGGUGGCUAUUCCAUGAAUUUUAACAUGAGUUCUUCUAGGGGACCACUUCCAGUAAAAAGAGGACCCCCACCCAGAAGUGGGGGUCCUCCUCCUAAAAGAUCUGCUCCUUCAGGACCAGUUCGCAGCAGCAGUGGAAUGGGAGGGAGAGCUCCUGUAUCACGUGGGAGAGAUAGUUAUGGAGGCCCACCUCGAAGGGAACCCCUGCCUUCUCGUAGAGAUGUUUAUUUGUCCCCAAGAGAUGAUGGAUAUUCUACUAAAGACAGCUAUUCAAGUAGGGACUACCCAAGCUCUCGUGAUACAAGAGAUUAUGCACCGCCACCAAGAGAUUACACUUAUCGUGAUUAUGGUCAUUCCAGUUCACGGGAUGACUACCCAUCAAGAGGCUAUAGUGAUAGAGAUGGCUAUGGUCGUGAUCGUGACUAUUCAGAUCAUCCAAGUGGUUCCUACAGGGAUUCGUAUGACAGUUAUGGUAACUCACGUAGUGCUCCACCUACACGAGGGCCCCCGCCAUCUUAUGGUGGAAGCAGUCGCUAUGAUGAUUACAGCAGCUCACGUGACGGAUAUGGUGGAAGUCGAGACAGUUACUCAAGCAGCCGAAGUGAUCUCUACUCAAGUGGUCGUGAUCGGGUUGGCAGACAAGAAAGAGGGCUUCCCCCUUCUAUGGAAAGGGGGUACCCUCCUCCACGUGAUUCCUACAGCAGUUCAAGCCGCGGAGCACCAAGGGGUGGUGGCCGUGGAGGAAGCCGAUCUGAUAGAGGGGGAGGCAGAAGCAGAUAUUAAAAACAAAACUUUGGACCAAAAUCCCUGUUCAAAGAAAAACAAAAAGUGGAACCUAUUCUGUCAUAACCACCCAAGGACUACUAAAAGAAAAAUUUGUGUUACCUUUUUUAAAUUUCCUGUUAAGUUCCCCCUUUCAUAAUUUUUAUGUUCUUGUGAGGAAAAAAGUGAAACAUGUUUAAUCUUAUGACAUUGCUUUCAACAAGCAAAUGUUAAAUGUGUUAAGGCUUGACUUGUGUAUUAGUGUUGUAAUUUUCCAAGUAAAAGUGUCCCUAAAGGCCACUUUCUUUUUUUUUCCCCCAGUAAAUGAGGCAAAAACUUCUAAGAUCUACAAACAUCUAGCCAUCUAAAAUGGAGAGAUGAAUUCCUCUGCCUAUACAAACAAGCUAGCUGUAUUAGAGGGUGGUUGGGGUAUGCUAUUCUUAGGAUAUCAUACUGUCUUCAAACUGAAAUCUCAAAUGUUAAUCAGUAUGAAAAACCUGAGAUAAGAUGCUUAUGUAAAGAAAGUGCUAUUCGCCCAGUAAACCCAAAACAAAUGGAUAGUGUUGGCCAUAUUUUGCCUUUCUGACAUUUCUUUGGGAAUCUACAAGAACCUCCCCUUUCCCCUUUCCCCAAUAAGACCAUUUAAGUGUGUGUUAAGCAACUACAGAAUACUAAAUAAAAAGUUUGGCCAAAACCAA